AUGGAGCGCCGAUCGAAAACUCGUGCGACGCUUGCCUGUCUCCCUUGUCGAAACCAGCAUCUGAAAUGCGACGGGACACGUCCUGUUUGUUCCCGGUGUCAAGGCCUUUCUAGAACCUGCGCAUUUCCCGAAUCGCGCCGAAGUGGUAGCUAUAAAGCAACUUCAACAAGAUCACGGGCUCAAGAUCUCCAACCCGAUGAUUUGACACCCACUGAUAGCGUUACAUCCCUUACUCCGGAAUUUCGGCAGAUGCCGUCCGGCUCGGUUUUAGGCUUUGGAGUGAGGGAAACUGCUCGUGAUUUUGGAAUCGAGCUUAUUGACUUGUACUAUGAAAACUUUCACCCUAGUCAUCCUUUUAUUCUGCCGAGGCCAGCUCUUGACGCGAGGUAUGCCGCUGGAUGCCCUAAUAUUCAGCAUGUCGUAGCCGCUGUUCAGCACAUUGGCUCUUUUUACACAAGUAACCCUACCCUUGGGAUCCAAGAUUGUUUGUUAGAGAAGAACGAACAGAUAGAUGGGUUCACCGUGCAAACGACUCUGCUGAUGGCAUUGGCAAAGAGCAUGUGCGCCGAGCAGGACCUUGCCGAUGAACUACUGUCAAAGGCAAUGCACCAAGCAAGCUUCAUUGGCAUGGACACUAAAACACUGGCCGACUUUAUUUCCGAAAGCGAUCCAGUACUCGCAGAAAGUUGGAGGCGCACAAUGUGGAUGUUAUACGUGAGCGACACAAACUUUGCUGUUAUUCGACAGGACUAUGAUCUGAGGCUGAAGGACAUGAGCUUUGACGUGGAUCUACCAUGCGAAGAUAAGGAGUACAAUGAAAUGCUUAUCCCGCCGACAAGAACGACAUUCGCAGAGUAUCAUAAUCGCGAGUACGACAUGCAAGAAAAGCCGUUCUCUUCGUUUGCAUAUUACAUCGAUGCAAGUAUGAUAUUUGCUACCACACUGCCCGCAUCACUCAAGUUCAGAACCGUAUCUAAAGCAGAGAUACUCUGUGAUAAUCUUGAGGCCAAGAUCGCCGGCUGGUUUGCGAUGUUACCGCCAAGUAAACGAGAUCUGGAUGUUCGGCCUGCCUUCUUGGAUCAACUCAUUUUUCAGUCACAUAUGAUGAUGUACACAUGUCUUGCUUACAUACACAGACCCUUUUCCACCCUUCGAUAUGACCCUGUUGAAGGAAUCUCUACGUGCGGGUCGCCUCCCCCUCCACUCCUCUUGGGACUCAGUGGUGGAGGCGGUCUGAAUCGUCAGUCACAUCUGCAAAAGCUCUUACAAGCCAUCCGCAAGCAGAAUCAAUGCCUUAUCAUCUUGCCCCUCGGUUCUGCCCAGUUGUCGCCUUUCGUCAUUUGCAUGGUUGCCUGCUGCACCAUUGCUCACCUCAUAGCUUGCAAGUCAGCACUACCAAAGGACGAAGCCGAAGUAGCCCGAUCCCGGAUCCGCGUUUGCCUCGGCACGCUCAGGCAUUAUGAGGAUAUAUGGCCGAGGGCUAAGAAGAUAUUAUUGGAACUCAAGAGAAUUGCUAAUUCCAUUUUUCAGACUGAGAUGGCGACCUUGCAUUAUCAGCCCACCUAUGCUGGAGUCUCUGCAAAUCAGCAAGACGCCACGCUUGGAGGUUUAUUUGAAGAGGAAUGGCUUGAUGCCCUAAGAAACUUCGUAUGA